CGCACCAGGUUCCGCUCUUGAAGCUUCGUCCGGCGCUUAAAACCUUCCCCUUCGCUUUCUCGCUCUCCAGCUGCGGGAAUCUACUGAAACAUCCAAAUCUUCGAUUUAUAUGUGCAGAGUUUGAUUUCUUCGGCAGAUUUGUGACUUUUCGUUUGUUCUGGUUGGGAAAGAUUCGAUUUUUAGGGCAUCGAUUCUAGAUCGGUUUGUCUCGAUCUUGGAUCUCCAGUAGGGUUCUUCUUUCUUUGUUGCUGCGGUGGUCUUCUUGUUGUAGGAUACAGCAGCGAUGAGCAUGGAGACGGCUUCGCCGCAAUGGUGUCGUCGCUGCUGUCGCUUCAUCUCCGUUGGGCCGGACGCCGUCGUUUGCCCGGAUUGCGGUGGCGGCUUCAUGAAUGCAUAUGGCCUUUUCCAUCCCUCCUUUGCGGUGGCUGCCGAGCCUCGCCGUCGACGCUUCCCCUCCCCGGUGAUCGACUCUGCCGCUGCCGACGGGCGGCCACACCAGCACUCGGGGAUUAGGUUCCGUAGUAACAGUCGUCCGUCCACGAGCGACCGAUCUCCUUUCAAUCCCCUCAUCGUUCUUCUCGGUCCCGGAGGCUCACGACGCGAUGCGGAUCGGGAUACCAUCAACAGUUUUGAGAUGUACCACUACGACGGCACAGGGUCGGGCCUCCGCCCCUUGCCAGAAAACAUGUCGGAUUUCUUGAUAGGCUCCGGGUUUGAGAGGAUACUCGAUCGCCUUUCUCAGAUGGAGACCAAUGGAGCAGGCAGCAGGCAUGUGUUCGGUCACCCGCCUGCUUCAAAGUCUGCCGUCGAGUCUAUGCCCACAGUCGAAAUUGCUGACCUUCAUGUUACCCUGGAAUUCCAUUGCGCCGUCUGCAAGGAUCCCUUCGAGCUCGGAGCUGAGGCCCUCGAGAUGCCCUGCAAGCACAUCUACCAUCAAGAUUGCAUCUUGCCAUGGCUCGCCCUAAGAAAUUCCUGUCCAGUUUGCCGGCAUGAGAUGCCGACGGAUGUGCAGCAACCAGAUGCGGACGAAGACGCCUCCUUGUCUGGGAACGAGGACGAGAUGGUCGGGCUUACCAUAUGGAGGCUUCCGGGAGGUGGGUUUGCCGUAGGCAGAUUCACAGGGGACAGGAGAGCUGCUGAAGGGGAGUUUCCAGCCGUUUACACAGAGAUGGAUGGCGGAUUCAAUACUAAUGGGGCACCAAGAAGGAUAGCAUGGUCCUCGAGAGAGAGCCGAUCACAGCAUCAUCGAGGAUUCAGUCAGGCAUUCCGCAGUGUGCUUUCAUUCUUCAGGCGUUUGAGGUCUUCUACUCCGAUAUCUUCAACCAGGUUAAAUCCCAAUUCCCAAUCUUUCUCAAACCCUUCUGUUAGACACAGGAGAUCUUCCAUGUUCAGGAGGAGUCCGAGAAGCCGCAGCACAAAUUCGACACGAAAUGGUGGAACUGUCGAUUCACCAUGAUGGUAAUUAUGAGAAUUAGAUUAGAAAUACUUAUCCUGCAAGAAGAAUGAAAAUGUUUGUUCAACAUAUGGCUAGCUGAUGGAGAACUCUCGACAUCUAAUUCCACAGUGAACAUGAACGACGUAAAAAGUGUAGCAUCUUCUGUUAGCUAUCCUCCAUCAUACAUGGCACCUCUAUUGCUCUUGAACACACAGAAGAGGCUUUAUUUUCUUUAGGUUAGCCGUUCAACAUUUUCUACAUGUAUGUGUUUACUUUAGAAAAAAAAAAAUCAUAUAUUCAUUAAUCGUUUUAUGGGUUCACAAAUGAUCUGUCUGUAUCAUUUGUCUUUGGAGUUAGAUUCAGUAGAUUCUAACAUCUACAUGCUAAAAUGUGAUUUGUAGAAAACAUGCUGCACUGCACAUGUAAGAUUGGCUUAAUUAGUGGUGUAAAGCUAAAUGCAUUGCUUAUUUCUAGCUAA